CGCCGGAGUUGCCGCAAUUCACACGGAUGCCAGGACCUCUUGCGUCAAACGACACGGCUGUGAAAGAUGCGCGCCGAUAGCUCUUACACGUCCUUGCGGGGGACAGAUAAAAGACCAUGCUACCAUCGGAGCGAGAUGAGUUGAUUCCAAGCGCACGUCGCCCUUUCUCCUCCACUAUACAGCAAUUUACCCCGACGCCGAUCCGACCAGCAUGUACAGAUCCUCCAUUGCCCGAAUAUUGACUCUUUGUCUGCUAUUGCGGUUAUGGCCAUACGUCGCGGCGGACGAGUGGACUGAACCAUCUCUGUUCCACGGAACGUCAAUUCUCAUUUACCCCGACUACGAGGGACAUCAAGCGAGAAAUCACACCGCGACGGCUGCGAGGUUCUACUGCUACUAUGGAGUGAAGGGGUACCUCACGUUUGGGUGGUGGCUGCCUGCCGCGGCCGAUGCCGAUUACUCGCAUGUUGCGCCCGACAAUGAGGAUUUCGAGUGGUAUGAGCAUACCACGACCGCAAUAACCUGCAUCAAUGGACGAUGUCACGUUGGAGUGGCCAACUGGAACAACAAUAAUGAUUCCAAAAAGCCCGCAUUCGUGGAGAAAUAUGUCCUGGGAUCAGCUCCGCUGAUGAAUGACAACGCUGGCAAGUUCCACGUGUCGUACUUCGACCGCGAAGGUGGGCCUGUGGUGGUGGGGACCGUGCGUACUUUGAGCGGUCGUCAAUCAUUCGUGGAUGAAUGCUACAAGGCCCUGCGCACGUUACGCCGCAUGCGGGAACAGCGAGGGCUCGAGAUUCCAUUUCAAUUGAAUGACAUCUGUGGAGCUCCCACGCGGAGUGAUUCGCUUCAGCAGCCAUUGUUACUCGGGUAAGUAGCAAUGCAAGUUUGGCACCGAUGGCGUUUCAAGACGGGUGAGAUAAGCGAUCAGAAGGAAUUUGAGGCAGAUCGGAGGGAUCAGCAGAGUCGUUUGAAUCCUGACGUGCACUGUAUUAGGAUGUAGAGCACAGAUAGCGCUGAAGCGAUCGUUCUGAUCGACAUCCUAUGACGGCACCUCGCGUCCUCUAUAGAACUCGAGUGAUGCCCGCAACUCCGCUAGUGUCAGAUUGACUCCGAAGGGGGACAGUCUCGGUAAACACAGACAUGGAUUAAUAGACAAGGGACAAGAGGGUGCCACAGGUUCCACUGCCCAGGCCACAGUACACGAGAAGCUUCUAUGUGGCGUUCAUGCUGCUUGAUCGACCGACGUCAGUGGCCCCUUCAUUAUUAGAGAUCUUUAAUGCAAGUACAUGAUAUAAUGAAA